GUCGCUUCUGCCCAAGAUCAUAUCACCAGUGCAACUCUGCAUACGGGUUCUUCCAAAAGCCUCGCAAUCUCCCCUUUUCGUAGACCCCUUUUGCAGGCCUGAUUGCCCGUCUGUUUCGCUGCUCUCACCGCGGGAAGCAGGAACUUGAACACUUACGCAACUUCAGCAACGCUUCCGUUCCACCAACUUUCAACACCGGCGAUACCAAUCGCUUGCGGCCGUAAUGUCUUGCUGCCGCUCGCUGGGUGCCCGCUUUUAUAUUAGCCGACAAUUGCAACGCAAGCCAUAUUGCCUGUCGGGUGCUGUUCGCGCGAUGUCGGACAAGCCCGCUAAGCGACGAACUCUGCCAUGGGAUGCAUCCAAGAAUGCCUCCAAGACAAAGUCCAAAGCUCCGGAGACCCGUACAAAGCAGCCCACUGAGGGUAAGCGCAAACGGGCAGCGACCUCAGCCACUCGCGAGUCUCCCGCUCCUCCCGAACCUCCCAGCUUCUCCUACCACAACGAAAACUAUCAAGUGACCUAUGUUAGGCACAUCAAAGAUGUAGAGAAAGCUCUUGCCCUUUGUAGAGGCGACGUCGUCGGGUUCGAUAUGGAAUGGAAGGUCACCUUCGUUAAAGGACAGCCUCCGCGACCAACAGCGCUGAUUCAGAUCUGCAAUGACCGCCACAUAUGCUUAUUUCAUAUUACGCAUAUGGGCAGCCUGCCGGUCGCUCUCAAGAACUUCUUGGAAGACCGCACCGUGAUCAAGACUGGGGUCAACAUAAUGGGAGAUGCACGUAAGCUCAAUAAGGAUUAUGGGGUGGAAAUGGAGGGAUGUCUAGACAUCGGGAAGUUUGGUGGACAAGCAUUGUUGGGAACAGAAAGGAUGAUGAGUCUGAGAAAUCUCGUCACGGACUUGUUCGGCGUGACUCUCGACAAGUCCAACGACGGUCCGCGGAAGGGUGACUGGGAAGCCAACACAUUCACCGAAGACCAGAUCUUUUACGCUGCCAACGACGUUUACGCGCACUACAAAUGCUACAACGCGCUCAUUGCCAAAAUCACCCCGCCAGCAAUGACCGCUGAUGCCCUUAUGGAGCUGCCACGUUUACCCGUUCCGAUUGUAAGCUUUGCCGAAGAUCAUGCCAUUAGGAUUGCGAAGAUAGAAGAAGAAAGGAUGAGAGCUCUGAAAGUCGACUCUGCAAAGACGAAGGAGAACAACCAGUUUUUUGCGGAUAGCGACGGAGAUAUUGAUGGCACUUCGGGUCGGGAGAAUGAAAAAGAUGUGGAGAAUAAGGAUGGCGAGGAAAGCGAUGGUGGGGCUGGCGAACAGCAGAAAAGCUUCGGUGGGAAGGCGAAGAGAGGAAAACGAUCCUCUACGACACAGUCAACCUCAAUGGUGGAACCCCGAGGAGACCAGUCGCAAAUGGCUGUGUCAACGAGCACCACCGUAAAGAUUUCCCCCGUCAGAGCUAGGCAAUCCCAAGGGCUCUAUCCACAGGUCUCGUGUGAGAGUGUGGACGCGAAAAUGGCCGCCGCGGUUCGAAUGUUUUCCCUCCGUGCCACAAGCCAGUCGCAACAAACUCCAGGGUGGCACCAUCUUUUGCCGCACGGCGUAUCACCGGGAAUGAAGGGGAGCCCACAAGAUGAUGCUUUGAGUAAUCAGAAUGCACAAACAAUCGUUGGCCCGUCGGAAUACGACGCGGGCUCGCCAGCGCGCUUGUCACAACUGUCCUCGGAUGAGAAGCUACCGGCUGCACAGGCAGGGCCGGCAUCAUACCCCGAUCCAACCGAGCAUAAACCUCGGGAGAAGGCCGUGAAGUCGUCGGUUGCUUCUACCAGGAAGCGCAGAUCCGUAGAAUCGCCGUCGCCAGCGUCACGAUUGUCCUUGCCUUCAGAUGAUAUACUCCUCGCUGUAGAGCCGGCAUUAUACCCCGAUCCGACCGAGCACGAACCUUUGGAGAAGGCCGUGGAGUCGCCUGCUCCUACUAGGAAACGCAGAUCCCCAGAAUCGCCAUCGCCAUCGUCACGAUUGUCCUUGCCUUCAGAUGAUACUCCUCGCUGCAGAGCCGGGAUUAUACCCCGAUCCGACCGAGCACGAACCUCUGGAGAAGGCCGUGGAGUCGCCUGCUCCUACUAGAAAGCGCAGAUCCCCAACCUCUCGGCCAGGUAUACAGCAUGCGAAUGUAGCUGAUUCACUUGAUCCCUCGCCAAUGAAAGCGCCCACAGCGGAAGGCGGAAUGACUCGACCGUUGCUAUCAGAUAUAAACCAG